AGUAAAGAAAGUCUCAUCAGCCCAACUCAUGCCAUCUCCAGCGACAAUGGUCUGACAUUUCUUUCUCAAUACUCCCGGCCAUCAUUAACGCAAUGGAGGGUUCGUCAGAUCAAAACUUGGCAAUUCGCCCUGCGACUACCGAAGACCUCCCCGCCUUGCUUUCCCUCAUGUCCAUCUCGGUUUCGCGCCUCUGCGCGGCGAGCCACACCGAGUCUCAAAUGUGCGCCAUGAUCCAGUCACUCGACGGCCGCUACAACGAGCUCAUCAACGCGUCAACGUAUUUCGUCAUCUGUCCGCGUGGGACUCCGAACCGUAUCAUUGCCAGCGGCGGCUGGAAUGUCUCCAGGGCUUCUUACUCUUUAUCGGGGGACAUGAACCCCCGCUCAAACCUUGCGGCGGAAGGACUGUUCGGGACGAUGGCCCCAACCGUCCAGAUUCGCGGGAUAUAUGUGCACCCGGACUGGGCCAGGAGAGGGCUGGGCACUCGUUUGGUAAAGGAAUGCGAGGCUGCCGCUCAAAGACAAGGUAGCUCUGUCAAGUUUGAACUGCAUUCAACUGUAAAUGCUGUGCCACUAUAUAAAAGCUGUGGUUAUUCACAAGCCGACGAGAAGUUUGUUCAGUUGCCAGGCGCUGAGGAUCUAAAGUUGGUGGUAAUGCGCAAGUGAAUCAGCAAUGAGUCGCCAUUCGGCCUCUUUUCUCUCAGUCAGGGAAGAGUAGACGCAAAUGCGAGCACCAUCACAUCCACAUACAACAGUUGCGAACCGACAACGCAGGUUGAUGAGGGACAAUGAGACAACGAGACGAGAAACAGAGAAGAGAAUAUGUGUCAUAGUUUGUCACUGCCAUUGUUGCCUACCUUCUUGAGCAAAUAGAGCUACUCUAGAUGCUCUCGCAGCAGGAACAUAGCUCAAUCAAUAUAGG